UCUCUGUCCCGAUCGAUGAUCGAUGAUUUGAUCAUACGCGUUUUCAUUAUCAGUGAUCCGGCACAGGUCAGUGGCUGCAGUAUGUCAAAACAUUCCGAGUCAACGUCUCAAACCAACGCCUCUAAGCUCCUUCCCUUACCCGAAAUGGGCGAGGAUCGAACACGUUUUCGUCCUGUGUUUGUCAUUUUGCUGAUAAGUGCCCAUCUUUUGUUUGCGAUCCUGAUCGUUACGGUUGGCAUUACCGUGUCAUCGCUUGGGGGUCAAUCGCACGAUGGCGAUCCGGCUGCCGCUACGUACUUUAUCAUCGUUUAUCUGCGCGUUGUCUACUGGCUGCUGACGUAUGUGAUCCACGAACGAAACAAGCGGGAGUUUGGGAGGCUGGCCGAACCGGACUUCGACCGAUACCGGGCACUGACGGUGUACCGUAAGACCCCGCUGCAGAUCGCCAGCUUGUGGAAUGUGAUUCUGCUCGCGGUACAGAAUCAAGUGCGCUAUCUAUUCCCACACGAGACCGAUCACGACGGUAUGGCAUCGGGUGGCGGUGCACUGAAUCCGGCCAUCACACCCCAAGUGUUCGUCAUCGUGGUGUGCGCUCUGGAGCUGCUAGUGUUACUGUGUUUCUACGUGCCGCUUGUACGAGCCCUGAUCGAUAUCCGUCAAGCGGAGGGCCACGGCAAGGAGACCGAUAUACGCUAUCGGCGCAUGACGGAGACGGAACUGCAGGAGCAGCCGGUCGAGUGGCAGCUGGACCGGCAGGCCGUGCUGAUCAAACGACUGCGUACGGAACGUGACCGGUUGCAGCGGGUAGCCAAAUCGUUCGGUGUCGAUCGAUGUUGAUCUUAUCAUGGCUCGUGCGCUUUGUAGUUUUCCAUCGUUUUUACGCUAAGCUGGCCGUAGAUCGAACUUCGCUCUAGGGUUGCAUUAGGAAGAAGUAACCCUGACCAAUGCGGCGUAUCCGGAAACUGGUAUCGUUCAACAUCGAUCUUCUCCGCAAUUGCUUCAAUACGUCAACGAUUCGUAUGGUUCAAUACAGAUAAAAUUUAACACUUUUUUUGUCAAAUUACUUUGAUUUUAGCUGUAUUUCUGGUUCGUGUUUGGUCGUUUCAACAAAUAAAUUGGCUAAUGUUUUGUGAACGCAUCAAACUAAAGAAGAGCAUUUCAAUCACACAUCCGGAAGAAGGUUGGCUUCUCAUCACGCAACAAUCCGGUAGGGUUUUCCUAACAAAGAUUGCGACAUCUAAAAGCUCCAAAAGUAUAAACCUCUCUAAUAAAAUUCUCUAGUAUUAUUGCUCAGUAUGAGUUUUCAAUGUAUUUAUCUUUGAAAGAGAAAAUAAAUCAUAUUCUUUAAUUGCA